AAUGGAAAUAUUUAAUAUUGUUGCGUCAGGAAAACGUGAGUUCAGCAGGAGCAAUAGAAGAGUGCAGUUUAUGAUACAGUUAGUCAAGACGCAUCGCAGGUUUAUAUCCAGAGUUAUAUGCAUCUCUAACAUGGGCAGAAGAAACAGAAACAGACAAAGACCUCAACAAAACAGAGACGACAGACCAGGAGGGAAGAGGAGCAGAGAUGAUGCCGGUUGGGGAUCUGGGUACUCUGAAAUCGUCAAGGAGAACAAACUCUUUGAGCAUUAUUACACAGAGCUGAAGAUCGUCCCAGAGGGAGAGUUUGAGAAGUUCAUGGACUCCAUGAGGGAGCCACUGCCAGCUACCAUUCGCAUCACAGGAUACAAAAGCCACGCCAAAGAAAUCCUUCAUACUCUUAAAGAAAAAUACUUCAAAGAGGUGCAGGACCUGGAGGUGGAUGGCCAGAAGAUUGAAGCCCCACAGCCUUUAAGCUGGUACCCUGAUGAAUUGGCCUGGCACACAAAUUUAAGCAGAAAGAUCCUCCGCAAAUCUCCACUUCUAGAGAAGUUCCACCAGUUCUUGGUCAGCGAAACUGAAUCGGGUAACAUUAGCAGACAGGAAGCUGUCAGUAUGCUUCCGCCUCUCCUGCUGAAAAUCGAGCCUCAUCAUAAGAUUCUGGACUUGUGUGCGGCUCCAGGAUCAAAGACAGCUCAACUUAUAGAGAUGCUUCACUCUGACAUGGAUGUGCCUUUUCCUGAGGGUUUUGUGAUUGCCAAUGAUGUGGAUAACAAGCGAUGUUACCUGCUGGUCCAUCAGGCCAAGAGAUUAAACAGUCCUUGCAUUAUGGUGGUUAACCAUGAUGCCUCCAUCUUUCCACGUCUGCAGUUCGAUCGGGACGGCAAGAAGGAUGUCCUGUUUUAUGACAGGAUCCUGUGUGACGUGCCUUGCAGUGGUGACGGAACCAUGAGGAAAAACAUUGAUGUGUGGAAAAAAUGGACAACCGCCAACAGCCUGCAGCUCCAUGGGCUGCAGUUAAGGAUCGCAGUGCGUGGAGUUGAACAGCUGGCAGUGGGGGGCAGGAUGGUGUACUCCACCUGCUCUCUAAACCCAGUGGAGGAUGAAGCUGUCAUUGCUGCCCUGCUGGAGAAGAGUGAAGGUGCUUUAGAGUUGGCAGAUGCCUCUGGAGAUCUCCCAGGCCUCAAAUAUAUGCCUGGGAUUACAUCUUGGAAACUGAUGACCAAAGAGGGUCAGUGGUACUCGGACUGGUCGGAGGUCCCAACACGUCGACACACUCAGAUCAGACCCACCAUGUUUCCCCCCACGGAUUCAGAGAAGUUGGCGAAUAUGAAGCUAGAAAGAUGUUUGAGAAUUCUGCCCCAUCACCAGAACACUGGUGGCUUCUUUCUAGCCGUGCUGGUGAAGAAGGCUUCCAUGCCCUGGAACCGCCGUUUUCCUAAGCUUCAUAAUAAGGAUGCAAACUCCUCCAGUGAGGUGACGCACGCAGAAGAUACGCACGCAGAAGAUACGCACGCAGAGGAGACGCCCACUGAGGAGACCACUGCUGAGGUCACCCCUGAACACGACACUCCCACUGACAUCCCUGUCGAAGCGGUGAGCGAGACUCCUGCAGAGGGCAACCCAUCUGUCCCAGAUGACCCUGACCUCCCAGAGGCCAAGAAAGAUAAUGUUUGUAGCCCUCCUCCGCCAAAGAAGAUGAAAGUCUUUGGCUUCAAAGAGGAUCCUUUCGUAUUCCUGACAGAGGACGACCCUAUUUUCUCUCCCAUCCAGACUUUCUACAACCUUUCCCCUGAUUUCCCCAAACUCAAUGUGCUGACUCGAACCCGUGAAGGAAAGAAGAGGAACCUGUACAUGGUGUCCAAAGAGCUGCGCAAUGUUCUGCUCCAUAACAGCGAGAGAAUGAAGGUAAUAAACACAGGAGUGAAGGUGUGGUCCAGGAAUAAUGAUGGUGAACAUUUUGGCUGUGCAUUUAGACUGGCUCAAGAGGGUGUUUACACCCUCUGCCCCUACAUCAGAGCCAGGAUAGUCAACAUCAGCGUGGAGGAUGUGAAGAUUCUCCUCACCGAGGAGAACCCCUUUCUCCACAAGCUGGGUGAUGAUGCUCACAACAAUGCCAAGAAACUUGAAAUGGGCAGCAUUGUUUUAAGAUAUCUGCCAGAUCCACAGAACCCGGAUGCGCCCCAGUGCGCCAUAGAUCUGUGCGGAUGGAGAGGAAAAGCAUCAAUCAGGGCUUUCGUGUCACGUAACGAACGGCUUCAUUACCUCCGCAUGGUGGGCAUGGAGGUAUUCCGUGACAAACAGGGGAGUAGGAACGACGAUACGACAGAAGCCCAGGAAGGGAACGCUGAAGAUUCUGAGGUUCAGGGUGAAGAAGAGGGAAGUGUUAUAGAGCAGAAAGAUACAGAAGCUGAGCUUAACUCUUCAGAAACCAACCCUAAUGAAACCAAAACUGCUGAAAGCACUUGAAAUGGGACUGAGUUAGACGUAUUGACCUGGGUGGAGCACACAUGAAAAAUGGCUUUUACAGUGGCCCUUGAGUACCAGGAACGUUCGCCUCUGAAGUACUGUCAGAAGAAAUAAAAAUGGCUUAUUUUAUGAAUGUUUUUUUCGUUGUUUUUUUUAUGAUUAAAACAUAUGCUGUUUGACAUGUUUUUAUAUUUUUAUCUCUGUUCAUAUUGAGAAGCCGUAACAAAUUUAUAGGAGGCCUAUUCAAAUAAGUUCUGUUCUUAGUUCCUUGAGUAAGCCAUGUGUACAGUGGAGGCUUCCCACUAAUGCAUUGCAUUCUUGAACACUUUUACACAAUGUAAUUGUUGCAAAACUUGUAAUAAAACCACAUUUGUUUAUCUCCUAA